UAUACUUUCAAACCAGGAAAACAGGUGCUAUAGAAUUUAAGCCACCAUUUUUGUUUUUUUUUUUUUUGGUAAAUGUACAUUUGAGAUGUACAAUUUGACAUGAAACAAGUCUCCCCACUGAUAAAGGGACAUACCAAAGACGAUACCCAGAGAGAUUGCUUGCAGUUUGCCACGAAGGGCAUUAAGUACCUUAUAUUUUUAUUUUGUUAUUUUUACCAUCAACUGGGUAUUGUUCGAAGGCUGGAAAAAUCAAAGAAAGAAAUUGAACUGAAAGGGGAAGAGAAGAGGGGAAAUGAAGAGAACUGUACAACUUUAAUUUGUUAUAUGUACGCGAUUCAUAUUUUUGUUGUCUUUUUUUAACGACCAACUGAACAUUGUUCCAAAUCUCGCAAAAAUGCAGAACGACACAAGUUUAAAUGAUAGAAACGAAGAGAAAAUUAAGAAAACUGUACGACUUCUAUAUGUAACUUAAAAUUUUUGUUGGUGCGUUACGCACCUUUAAACUUUUGUGCCUUUUUUUUUUGCCAUCAACUGGGUAUUAUUUUGAAUUUUGAAAAAUCGAAGUAAAGAAACUCAUUUGAAUGAAAGAAACAAAAACGAAAUGAAGAAGCCUACACCUGUGCGUACAACUUUAAUUUGUAAUUUGACGAAAAUGAAAUAAACAUUGGAUUCGUCGAAGAAAGUGUCUAAAGUGUCGUCUGAUUCAGGGGAGUUGGCGAAAGAAAGGAGGUGUUGCCGGGGCGUGGCUAAUCUAUUCGCGUCGAAAUCAAAUGUGAAUUUUCGCUCUGAUUUGGCAUUUGUUUACUUUUAUGACACCUGAUCGAGCCAUCGGGCUCCGGGCUGGGUCUUUUGGGGGCUUUGGCAACAUUCAAUUUACGCACAGUUACCGAUAAGAUAGGACCAGAGAGGCAACCACCACAAGUAAUAUCAACUGGCCAUAAGUCUGAUGGCUCAUUGCGGUAGUUCGAUUCAAGAAAUUCGGUCGAUAAUUGUAACACCGGUCCAUCGACAUUCCAAGAAUCAAAAUAAAACUAUUGUUAUUUUUUUAAAUUGUUACUCCACAUAUAAAUAUGGAUCUCGCGAUUGUUCGAAUUUUGCUGUCAAUAUCGCUUCUUUUUGGCGUUCUGGCAGCCGAUGAAAAUUCUGGACCAGAUGCCUCAAACGCCACUUCCGGUAAGAUCGAUCCCAAAAUCGUCGGUGGACAAGCUGUGGAUAUCUCGACGGUCCCCUACACGGUAUCGAUUCGUCUGACCGCCAACGAUAGACGCAGCUAUGGAUCUGGUCAUCUAUGCGGCGGUGUUGUGAUCUCUCAGCGUCUGGUGGCCACUGCUGCCCACUGUUGCUACAAUUCCGAUACCAAAAAAUAUCGAACGGCUGGCGAAUAUUUUCUAGUCAUGGGCAGCAGCACUCUGCGAACGAAAACCGCCAAUACCCAGGAGUACUAUGUCCAGCAGCUAAUCAUUCAUGCAGACUACAACCACAACACGCUGACCAAUGAUAUUGCCCUUAUGUUCAUCAAUGGUUAUAUUCCAUGGAACUCUCCGACGGUGCGGGCUUUGGCCUUGAAUACCGGCAUUGUGUCCACCGGAACCGUUUGCACCAUUUCCGGCUGGGGAGUCCUCUACAGUUCCGGCUAUAGCAGCAAUAGCCUGCAGGCGGCCUCGGUGCCCAUUGUCACCUACGAGUCCUGUCGCUCUGCCUACGAAGUUGUGCCCAUCUCACAGGUCUGUGCCGGCUAUGCCAAGGGUGGCGUCGAUGCCUGCCAGGGUGACUCUGGUGGACCGUUGAAUUGUAAUAACCAGCUGGCCGGCAUUGUCUCCUACGGCACCGGAUGUGCACUGGCUGGAUAUCCGGGAGUGUACACCAAUGUGUCGUACUACAACAGCUGGAUUGUGCAGCAGAAUAGCUCGUUUAACUAUUCGGUGUAUCGAAAUACCGCAGGUCCGCUUGGAUCCAGUUCAAAGCUGUGGUGGCUGCCACUGGCCUUGGCCUUUGUCCUGGCCACCGGUGGCAGCUCCGUAACAGCGGCGUCACAGUGAUGGAGGCUUU